UUAGAUUAUGGAUUUAUAGCUCAUUCUAGUGUUCCUGGAUGUUACAAUAUUCUUCCCCUUGGCCAACGAAGUCUUGACAAGUUAACAUCAUUAAUUGAUUCAAUGAUGAAAGAUGAAAUAGGGGCUCUUAAAUUAACUCUCACCUCAUUAUCGUCAAAAGAGUUAUGGCUAAAAAGUGGACGUAUCACAGAUUCCAACAAAACUGAUAAUGGGAAAAUGGAAAAUAACCAAAUAUUUGAAUUGCAUGACAAAAACAGCAAAAUUUUAUGCCUUAAUCCAACUCACGAAGAAGCCAUUUGCGAUAUGCUAUCCUCUCUAGGCCCAUUAAAUGUGACGCUUUCUUCGUCUUCCGGAAAAACUAAAACGACCGAUUUUGAUUACCUCGGUGACGCUUCUUCAACACCAACUGCCACCCAAAACGCCCAUCAAUCUAAGGAAGAGUUUGAUGACCGCUUCGAAGAUCGAAAGGCUUCCCCCCGAAUGGACAAAGAGGCCAUUGUCGAUGACGACCUUCUCCUGGUGUACCAAAUGGAGAAGAAGUUCAGGGACGAACCAAAACCCAAGUUGGGACUAAUGCGUUGCCGAGAAUUCGUUAUGAAGGACUGUUACGGUUUCCACGCCAACGAGACGAGCGCCAUGAGGACCUACCAUACGAUCAACUCCGUUUACGUGAAAUUCUUGAAUUCUUUAUUCAACGCGAAAAACGGCUUUACCGACAGCGAAAGCGAAAAAAUGGAUGCUAACCACGAAGGAUAUUUCCCCGUUGGAUCUCACGCUGCUCCCGAUUAUGUUAACAACGCGACACCGAACGUGAUAAGAGUGAAGACUCGUCAGGAAGGGAACAAUACGGGUUUGAUGGACGGCGCCAGCGUUUUAUCUCACGAAUUUCACUUGCCCUGCUCGGUCGGAGAGGACUCGCUCUUGCAGUGUGGCGGAUGCGGCGCUUUCAGCUUGCCAGCGCAGCCAGAUAUUGCCUCUUCGGGUAUCCCCGACAGAAAAGAAUCGCCGAAUUCGACUAUGGCUCAAGCAAAUCGUUCUUUCAGCACCGCCCAGAAUCCCGAACCCAACGCUCAUCAUUUUUUGACACCCUCCUCGAUCCAACCUUCUUUUCCCUCCCGUUGUCCGGAAUGCGGACUAACGGAUAAUUCGCGCUCUAUUCAACACCGACGCGUUCCUUCCGUAGAGUUGGGCCACGCCUUUUACCUCGGAACCCGGUUCAGCUUACCCUUUGGCCUAGUCCACAACAACGUUAACCGCGACACCGAACAAGAUGGCACUACGGGUCACGUCAAUAACGCCCACGAAGAGGUCCUUCACUCAAAAGACACACCAGUUCGGCCAACCGCCGCCUCGCGCUACGUCCACAUGACAUGUUACGGCAUAGGCGUGACACGUUUGUUGGCCGCGGUAGUGCAGCAUUUUGCCGAAAAUGGAAAACGUCUCAACAAUACCUACGAUGAGGAUACUACGGAGAAACAACAAAAAAUUAUUGCGAUUGGUCUAUUUUUUUUUUUACAAAAUUUCUAUAUGAACGAAUGCGUGCGAUGGCCCCUAGUUAUUGCUCCUUUCAAGGUGGCCAUAAUCCAUCCAAAAGCUGGUAGCAAAGAAGAAAAGGCUUUGGCGGGAAAUGAAAAUUUGGCUCGCAUUCUCCUAUCCAAAUUUCCGAAUUCGCUCAAAGACGAUAUUUUAUGCGACGAUAGAUGGCGCUACACGGUUGGUAGACGGUUAGCGGAUAUGAAAAGGAUAGGCAUCCCUUAUAUCGUGCUAUGUGGUAAAAAGGUAUUAGAGCUCGAACCGAAAUACGAAUUUUGGGAUACCCGCUAUGACACAUUCGAAAAUCUGACGUUACCCGAAUUGACGCGGAAGAUGUCGAGAAUAUUUACCGUUUAAAAUUGAUUGACACCUAAAUUAUUUA